CCCUCGGCACCGUUGGGGGCGCACUUUUGUUCAAACUUGAUCGAAAAGAUGGCCGUUGCGAUCGUCAAGGGUCUAGGCAAGUUGGCCGUUGGGGCUGGUGCUGUGUAUGUGACAGUAGACCAAGGUAUUUGGAGUGCAUCGUCAGAGGGUGCAAGUAGUCUGCGCAAUCUCACUGCUGCCUACACCAUUCCCAGCCAGCAGGAGUAUCUGCAGCAGAUGCCAUCAGCAAAAGGGAUUGCAGCACAGCUCCGAGAAGGCUGGAAUUCAGGGGUCAAGAGUACGUUUGGAUAUAUUGUGGCUGCUCCCGAGAAAGUUGAAGACCUAGCCAGCUCAACCUCUAAUUGGAUUGCUGACUCGGUUGCUGGAAGUGAUAAGUGAGCCCCGAACCUGAAUAAACAGCCCUCUACUGAAGAUCCAGUUUAAUGUGGAUCUUGGAGAAACUCUGUGUGCAUCUGUGUGACCUGUAGCAGAACAUAGAGUCUUGGAAUGUUAUUUUCUAAGUACUUUGUGAAUGCAUGUCUUUUUUUUCUCACAUCUAAAUAUUAAAGCUGGCCGUUGACUUUUGCAAGGAAAUGAAUUGUGAUGUUUAAUUGUACACUAGAAGUAAACAUAGUUUGUUCCUAUUGGGCUUCACACUGUUAAUUAAUUGCUAAAUAGACACACCGCUAAUUUUAUUUUAGAUCCUGUUGAGUAAUUACAUCGCCAAAUAAUUCACAAAGCAAAAAGAUGUCCCUUAGAGCUAGCCCUAGGUUGAGAGCACUUGGUCCCAAAACACCCUUGCCGGUGGUGGAGCCAUCGAGUAAAAAAAGGAAAAAAGGAAAAAAAGGGAAGAAGAAGCGCAAACUUGACAAAUACGUUUGCAAGACCUGCUCAAAAGAGUUCAGACGUCUGGGUCGCUACGAGAACCAUGUGAGAGUUCACACAGGAGAGUUUCCCUUUGUUUGCGAUACCUGCAACAAACGCUUCCGUGGUUCCGAGAGACUGAAUGCCCACAAAGCUACCCACUCCGAUUUUAGGUUUUCAUGUAGUAUGUGUUGCGGAAAUUCACAACCUUGCAUGAACUCCGGAAACACCAGCGCCUGACUAAGCUGGCGAUCUCGAACGGUGAACCCAACGAUCACGUCCCCGUCAAGUGCAAGCUGUGCCCCUUCGAGAUCAAUUCCAGGAGUGAGGGACGGCAGCACAAGCGCUCGCACAGCAGCAAAAGGCAGAAACAACGGCCUUACGUCUGCAGCCACUGCAAGGAGCGCUUCAGCCAACUCACCCUGCUGGGCGUGCAUGAGAGGAGCCAGCACUGCCAGACUUCCAACACAAGCAAGGAUUGCCCGAAGUGUCGGCACAUCUUCAGAACGGAAGCCGACCCUGAACAGGACAUGCCCUGCAGGCUUCAGCUCAUCCAUCAGAUACAUAGCUACUCCAAGACCACAAGCGUCCAUGCCUGCCACGUAUGUGGUAAGAAGUUCAAUAGCUCCUCAAAUCUCGGCAAGCACCUUGCCACCCACUUUGAUUUUGAUUUGCACAAGUGUGACUCCUGCCGGAUGGAGUUUGAAGACGAGCAAAGCUUGAAAGAGCACAAUUGUUCAAAGAAACUGGAGGCUCCCACUAAACCCAUUCUGGUGGUCAAGUUCGUGUCCCAGCCCCACGGUGGUGCCAAUCGGGCCAUGAUGGUACAGCCUGUCAGCACUUCGGAUAGCACCUAUGGAGAAACUAACCAACCAUUAAGCCUGGUCCACUGAGCUGAAGGCCCCAAACAGACUACAAUCCAUAUUGGACUUCACUGUGAAACUCUUUGAGCAAGAAUCUUUAUCUUUCAUUGAUUCUCAAAGCUGUAGCUGAUUGCUGUUAGGUUUUUCAAAUUGUAAAGAUUGUUUAGUUUUUUAAAAACUGAUUUAAUGCUCUGUUACGGACUGUGUUGCAAAAAUUGUAUACAUGAACCACUAAUUCGUUUCUGGCGGUAAGAAUUGAAAAUGUGAAAGAAUCAAACCAUUUUUUUUCAUAGUUGAUUAUCUUUUCCAAAUAUGCUCAUUUUGAAGUUUCUUAGUGUUUGUUGAAGUUGGAAUGAUUUGAUGGAGUAAUAAAAUAAAGGUGUUACCACACAA